CUUUUUUGAGGUUUAGGCUUUGGAUCUUGCUUAGAAGAGGAUAUCAUGUCUGCCUUUGUGGGGAAAUAUGCAGACGAGCUCAUCAAGACAGCCAAGGCCAUAGCCACCCCAGGCAAGGGCAUCCUCGCCGCCGACGAGACCCAUCGCGCCAAGCGCCUCGCAAGCAUCAACGUCGAGAACGUCGAGUCACACCGCCAAGCUCUCCGCGCCCCUGGCGCCCUCCGGUACCUCUCCGGCGUCAUCCUCUUCGAAGAAACCCUCUACCAGUCAACCGUCUCCGGCAAACCCUUCGUCGAUGUCCUCGUCGAGAGCAACGUCAUCCCUGGCAUCAAGGUCGAUAAGGGGACGGUUGACAUCGCCGGUACCAACGGCGAGACGACUACCCAGGGGUUCGACUCGCUCGGCGCACGAUGCGCCAAGUACUACCAGGCCGGGGCUCGGUUCGCAAAGUGGCGGGCCGUGCUGAAGAUCGGCAACAGAGCCAUAGAGCUGUCGAUACAGCAGAACGCGCAGGGGCUUGCGAGGUACGCGAUCAUAUGCCAGGAGAACGGCCUGGUGCCCAUCGUCGAGCCGGAGAUACUGACCGACGGAGGCCACGGUAUCGAGAAGUGCGCAGCGGUGACGGAGAAGGUGCUGGCGGCGACGUACAAGGCGUUGAACGAGCAUCAUGUGCUGCUGGAGGGGACGCUGUUGAAGCCUAACAUGGUGACCCCCGGCUCAGACAGCCCUAAGGUGACGCCCCAGAUAAUCGCGGAGCACACGGUGAAGGCCCUCCGGCGCACGGUCCCUCCGGCGGUGCCAGGCAUCGUGUUCCUCUCCGGCGGCCAGAGCGAGGAAGACGCGACACUGAACCUCGACGCGAUGAACAAGCUCGACCUCCUGAAGCCAUGGACCCUCUCCUUCUCCUUCGGCCGGGCUCUGCAGCAGAGCACCAUCAAGAAUGGCGGAGGACAAGGCCAGAACAUCGGCCGCCGCGGCUCCAGCGUCGGCGUCUCCUGGCGAGGGCCUGCCAGAGGCCGCAUCACAUUCCGGAAGGCGACGCUGGGGAAGUACGCUGGUGGAAGUGCAGGCGAUGGUGCUGCGGCUGAGAGCUUGUACGUCAAGGGGUAUAGUUACUAGCUAGGGGUCGGUUCAUUAAUUUGUGUGUUUUAUGAUGCCAUGCUCUCGUGUUGGUUAAAAUGCGGAGAUGUUUAUAUGUAAAACUAUGCGCUGAUCAUGUCCAUGUAUUGGUUUUAU